AUGAGCGCAGUCAAGUCAACUAAAACCAGGGAUAUCCCAACAACCAAAUCGCCUGGCCUCCGCACCCUAAUAAAAUUCAAGGGGUACGCGGACAUUCUCAUCGGUCUGGUGAUAGCUGUCAAGCCAGCGCUUUUGUAUGAAUCCGCGCCCAUGAAAUGGUGGCACCAGGUUUCGGGAUUGCACCUAUCGGAUGCCUCAACAGCACCAGGAUUUAACCAUGCCAUUGCAUGUAUGGUUAUCGCGAUUGGGUAUGGAAAUGUUGUUGCAGCGAGGUCAGGGCCAGCUGCAUGGCCGCCUGUUUUUACUUCAACGCUGACAUGGGGAAUCCUUUGUUUGCUCACGGCCGCCUCGGCAUUCAUUCGAUUGCCUUUCGAUCUGGCGAGUUGGGGAAUUGGACCAGGGGGUACGGGUGAAAUCAACAACGCAGCUGUGCUUAUGACGGGUUUCAACCACGUUCUAUUUUGUGGGCUUAUGUGGUUUUUGGAUAGUGAUAAUGCGCUACGGGGAUAG